AUUAGACUGCUGUAUAGGCAAGUUAUUUUACUAUUAGUGUCUUUGACAAUGUUUGUAACAUUGUAAAUGUCAGACAUAAGGAUAACAGCUAAAAUUGUAUUAGUGAUAUCUAAAAUCCAAAUUUAGAAAGUGAAAUCCAAAUUUAAUUUGUACUAACCUUAUUAAUUUCAAUAUACAAAUCGCAGUAAUUUGCGUGGAACACAAAGGAAGAUGUCGAUAAAUAUACCAGAUUGCCCACCUAGUCUGAAAUCAAUUCAACAUUAUCUUAAAACAGCAUCAGAACAUGAUUCUAGAGAUCCCAUUAUUGCGUACUGGUGCAGAUUACAUGCCUUACAAGUUGGGCUUAAAUUAACUACUAAAAAAACACCAGAAGAAACGAAAGUUUUAAUGGGCGUAAUGGACUGGUUAGAAGAAGCUAAAAAGAUUUACAAGGACAAUGAAGCAAUUUCUAAUGAAGUGGUUGCUCAAGCACAUUUGGAAAAUUAUGCUCUUAAAUUAUUCUUGUUUGCAGACAAACAAGAUCAGGAACAAAACUAUGGAAAGAAUAUUGUGAAGGCAUUUUAUACUGCCAGUGUCAUCUAUGAUGUUCUGACAACAUUUGGAGACCUCACUGAUGAAGCAGCACAAAAUCGCAAGUAUGCUCGAUGGAAGGCUGCUUACAUUCACAACUGCCUCAAAAAUGGAGAGACCCCAGUCCCAGGUCCAAUGCAAUCAGAAAAUCCAAAUCAAGGUGAUGAAGAGUCAACAAGUGAUGUCAGUCAACCCGAAAAUACCAACUCUCAGACAUUCGGUUUCACUAAUGUCACUCCUGCUACACCCCCUGUAUCAACUGUGCCGUCUAUGCCAUCCGUGCCUACUAGUUUUAACAAUAGUCUGCCGGAUCCAAAUGUUGCCAUGAGAGCUGCAUCUCAACUACCCCCCGUGCCAUACACCCCGGACCCAAACCCAGGAGGUUUCAUCCCAUAUGAUCCAUCGCAACAACCACAACCUACACCAUCUAAUACAUUGUAUGGAGACAAUUCCUCAAGUGUGGCACAACUUAACCCAGAUCAAAUAGCUAAAGCUCAGAAAUACUGCAAGUGGGCCAGCAGCGCUCUGAAUUACGAUGAUAUUAAAACCGCCAUAAUGAAUUUAAGAAAUGCCCUUGAGCUGUUGCAGACAGGUAGGGAUCCUGCUUAAAAAAAUGUACAUUGUAAGGCUUAUUAAAAGAUUUGAAAAUAAUAAUAUUUAUCUAAAUUACUGAUCUAAAAUCUAAAUCAUAACUGAGCUUGCAUAAAUCACUAAACAAGCUUAACUUGAGAAAAAAAAUGUUGUAUUAGUUUAUAAUAAAGUUCAUUAAAUUUUUGCAAUUAAGCCCCAUGGUAAUUAUAAAAUUUGUAAAACUAUUUUUUUUUAAUUAAAUUAAAAAAAAACUAAUUUGUACGGCAAGACGUACAUAUAAA